AUGGUUCAACUACAAGACGAUAAUACCUUACACGUCGCCAUCAUCGGCGGAGGACCGGGUGGUCUUGCAACUGCUAUUGCCUUGUCGGCUUUGUCAAACGUGCAAGUACACGUAACACUGUACGAAAAGGCACGUGAGUUGAGAGAGAUUGGCGCCGGUCUGAAUAUUGGAUAUAAUUCCUGGCGUUGUUUGGAACUCCUCGGUGCUCGUCAUGAGGUCAAUGGUCAUUUGGUCGAUGAAGUUCAGCAGCGCAAUGGUUUGGAUGGAAAUCUUCUUGCUAAGCGCGGUCCAUCAAAUUUACCGCUCAAGUACCAGUCACGACGAGUCAGGAGAACACGAUUACAGAAAGCUCUGAUCAAUCAGGUCCCGGCUGGAAUAAUUCAGCUACGCAAGGAGUUACUUUCUAUAGAGAACAUACCUGAAGGCGGGGCAAAUUUGUACUUCUCCGACGGAACGCAGGUAGUCGCUGACUUGGUAGUCGGAGGUGAUGGGAUUCGAUCAGUCGUAAGGCAAACCGCCUUCCCUGAGCACACCAUCAAAUUCACCGGCACAACGAUAUGGCGCACUUUAGUACCUCUCUCAUCUAUCUCCCACAUCCCCGACGUUCCGACUUGCACAUCCUGGUGGCACGGUACAGCGGGCCAUGUGUAUUUUUCUCCGGUAGAUGAUCCAUCGGAGAUAGACCCAGAAAAACAAGAUAUCGAGAUAUCUUCACGGUUCCUCGUUGACCCCGAGACCGAUAAGGUCAGGAGAUGGAGCUGGGGUAUCGACACGACGAAUGAGCAUGUUGAAGCGCAUUUUACGAAUUACGAUACCAGGGUGAAAGAAGCUCUCGCCAAAGUCCCAAAAGACUCGUGGAAGGAGUUUUCUGCCUUUGCAGGGCCACGUUUGAACGAACUACAUGCAUGGAACAAACUCGUCUUGAUCGGUGAUGCAAGUCAUCCUUUGACUGGCGCGUUUGGCUCCGGCGCCGCAUUUGCAAUGGAGGAUGGCUGGAUUCUUGCGCAAAGUAUUGAAUAUGUGUUCUCUGCUCUUGCGUCAAAGCAGUCAUCAUUCUCAAAGCAAGACGGCCUUCAGAAGGUGUUGAAUAUUUUUGACACGAUUCGAUCCCCUUACUAUGCGCGCAUGUAG